AUGCUGAUGACGACGUGGGGCGACCUGUCGUCCAUUAAGUCGACAGUGCGCAACUUUUUUUUCAAGAAAGGGGGUCAAGUGCAGCGGCCGACAGCCGACGCGACUGUAACGGAGAUAUCUGAUGCCGCUGUAAAGAAGAGCUUGGGGCUGGAUGGGCUUUCAGGGGACGCCCUCAAGACGCACAAGAAUUACGUGAGCUUCCGGUCGUGGGAAGACAUCGGAAAAGUCUCCGCUUGGUCGAAGUUGAAACUCUCCCCACGCCAAGUUUGGGAGAAUGUUGGACUGGGGAACGUUCGAGGCCGAGAUCAGCUCAACGAAGCUCUCAGCACGAAACCUUUCUCAGAUUAUCCAUCUUACAUGAAUUCAAUCGAUAACGAAGCGAUCGCGAACUGGCGCGCUACUGGCAAGCUCAGUGGUUGGUACGAAAUCCACGCCAGAAGAGGUGAGUGCCAGGGCGAUGCUCUUGGCCGCAAAGAAUAG